GAUUUGGUUACAUUUGCCGCAUUCGACGCUAGUCACACGUAAUUCCAGUAAUUGAAAGAAACCCAGUUUACAAAAACACCCUUCACCAUGGGGGAACUACAGACGCACGAGCUGACGCUGUAUUCCAUUAUCCUGUUUUUGCUGUUUGAAUCACUGAUUGAAAUUUAUCUAGUGCUACGACAGCUGCGUGUGUAUCGCGAAAGCAAAACCGUCCCAAAGGAGCUGCAGCACGUGAUGGACGCGGAAACAUUCGAAAAGUCCCGAGUGUACGGUUUGGAUAAGGCAAAUUAUGGAAUUUUCAAAACCAUCGUCUGUGAUGUGGUGAUUGCCAUGCUGGAACUUUACUUCGGGUUCAUGGCAGCGGUGUGGCUCCGGGCGGCGCAAGUGGCAGGCCACGUCGGAUUGGAUCGGUCCAGCGAGAUUCAGGUUGGAUGCGUCUUCAUUGUGAUGCUUCAAGUGAUCGGUGUGCUGAAGGAGAUGCCCUUCCGGAUUUAUAGCACAUUCGUGCUCGAGGAGCGCCAUGGCUUCAACAAGCAAACGGCCGGGUUUUUCGUCAAAGAUCAAAUUAAGGCGUUUGUCGUUUCACAAGUGCUCACUGUGCCCAUAGCCGCCGCUCUCAUCUACAUUGUGCAGAUCGGCGGAGAGUACUUCUUCGUGUGGCUGUGGGCUUUCAUCGGUUGCGUCUCGCUCGUGCUCAUCACCAUCUAUCCGGUUUACAUUGCCCCACUGUUCGAUAAGUUCCGCCCGCUGGAGGAUGGUGAACUGAAAACUGGUAUCCACGAAUUGGCCAGUAGUGUCAAGUUUCCGCUGGGUCAACUGUUCGUCGUGGAAGGAUCAAAGCGUUCGGCUCACAGCAAUGCUUAUUUUACCGGUCUGUUCGGUGUAAAGCGCAUCGUGCUGUUCGAUACCCUGUUGCUUAACAAGGGCCUUCCGGCCGACGAUGCUUCGUUGACGGAGAGCGAUAAAAGCAAGGGCUGUAAAAACGAGGAGGUGCUUGCCGUCUUAGCUCACGAGCUUGGCCACUGGAAGUUGGGUCAUGUUGCGAAAAACAUAACCAUCAUGCAGGUGCAGUUGUUUUUGAUCUUCCUAGUUUUCUCCCAGCUGUUCACUUACGCACCACUGUACGAAGCGAUUGGCCUACCGGUGGGAGAGAAACCAAUCCUGAUCGGAUUCAUGGUAAUCAUGAUGUACGUGCUGGCUCCAUACAACACACUGAUUUCGUUCGCCAUGACCAUCGUGUCCCGCCGGUUCGAAUAUCAGGCCGAUGCAUUCGCUCAGGAGCUAGGCUAUUCGAAAGAUUUGGGUCAAGCACUCAUCAAGCUGCAGGUGGACAAUCUUGGGUUUCCGAUCUACGACUGGAUGUACUCCGCAUGGAAUCAUUCCCAUCCGACGUUGUUGCAGCGACUCGAUCGAUUGCAAACCGACGGCAAGAAGAAACGCUAAAGUAAUUCAGCACGAAGGGCGGUACAUUACCAAUUCCUGUGCAUCGCAAAGCCCGGAGCUGGCACAAAACAUACUUUUCGGUUAAUCCAUCAGUGUUGCAGAAACCAAAGUGAGAGUGUAUACGUACAAAACACUUGACCAAACACUCCUACAAUAGCGCAAACAUAAGAUCGACCAUCAAUUGUUUGGAAUGUUUUUGCCUAUUUAUCUUGCACUAGAUAGGACUGCUACAUACCAUACUGACCUGACAAGGCUCGAUCGUGCAGUCCUGCGAAACGACUGCUCUCAUUUUACUACAAAAAUGCAAAUAAAUAUC